AUGGCAACCAUGGGCGCGAAAAAAUUAUUCUUCAAGCUUCGGAAGUUUCAAAACGGAAUCAAACCUUCUUGCGCUCAGAAUCCACAACUCCAGAGGGUCUCCACGAAUGAAUCAUUAACCUUCUCUUUUUAUGAAAGCAGGAAGGCGACCGAGAACAAAUCAGCAAAAGAAAGAGCGGCGAGAAAUUUUUUAGUAGAAGAAGAACAAAGAAAGAAGAGGAAAGACGAGAAGAGCCGGAUAAAAAACGAGGCACAAGAAGCAAAACAGAGGGUAGCCAAGGAAUACGCCGUGGCUCAAUUAAGUUUGCAAGAGAUGAAGGCCCAGUUGAAAAAUCCGAAAAAGAAGGAGAAGACAACGAAUGGUGGUUCUACUCCUACGAAUCCUGAUCAGGACGAAACUGAUGAGGAGUGGGACUCGAAGGGCGAUGCGGUGAGCUUGAGAGAGUGGGCUUGA